AAAAAAACACUAUGGUUCGGUUCUGAAGCUAGGUUUUAGAGGAUCUAACUCAAUCGCAAAAUCUUUAAAUCCAGUUGUCUGAAAAUUUUGAAAUCCCGGCUGAUAAAUUGAAGUUAAAAUCUCGAUCCCCAAAUCUUGAAUCAGAGGAUUGGGUUGUCAAACCCUAGAACUUGGAAUUGCGAAUUUUAGUUUUUUUCUUGCAUAUUAGUGUGGUUGUUGUUGGUGCUGAGCCGUGGUGGUGACGUACUUCAGAAAUCAAGUAAGAAUCAGAGAUAAAAUCGUUCAAGAAACAUAGACAGAAGAAGAAGAGUCUGGAAAGUACCAUGAGUAUGGAUCAUUGCCAAGCUAAUCCACAACAGCAGCUGCAGCAACGAAAGCCUCAAAGCUGCGACGAGCUUGGGGAUACAUAUUCUGAAAAAGUGAUUCAGGCAGAAACCCAAAGGCUCUUAACUGAGUUUGAACAACUAGAACUAAUAACCUCAAACAAAGUCGAUAGCGAAACUCAUUCGAAAAGUAGACAGAAGAAGAAGAAGAAGAGUCUGGAAAGUACCAUGAGUCAUUUCCAAGCUCAUCCAGAACAACAAGAGUCUACAAUAAUAAUUGAGAAAACAGAUCACCCUGUUCAAACAUUGCAGAAACAAGAAGAGCUAACCUCAACAACAGUCGAUGUCGGAACUAAUUCAGAAAAAUCCGUCACUGGACAGCAGAAAAAAGCUCGAAAAAGUAGACAGAAGAAGAAGAAGAAGAUGAAGAAGAAGAAGAAGAAGAGUCUUGAAAGUACCUUGAGUACAGAUCAUUCCCAAGCCCAUCCAGAACAAGCUAUUAUAGAACAACAGCAGCAGCAAAAGCCAAGUAAACGUGGACAGACAAAGAAGAGUCUGCUAGCUACCAUGACCACAGAUCAGGGCGAAGUUUAUCCACAACAACAAGUGUCUGCAAGAAUAAUUGAGAAAACAGAUCACACUGUAAGCUACUACCUAUCGUUUGUUUUCUAUCACUUAGAACAGCAAGAGAUAGCCUUAACAAUAAUCGACAAAGAAACAGAACAACUAGAGUUGACCUCAACAACAGUUGAUGGCGGCACUAAUCCAUUUUCAUUGCUAUAUGUGCUGGAACAGCAAGAGUCGACAACAAAAAUUGAGAAAACAGAUCACUCUGACGAAUCUCCCAUAAGUUCUACUCAGCCCACACGGGAGGGUCAGGUGCCUGAGAAGUCAAGUGGGGACCUUCUAGAUUUUAUUAGGGUUCCUAAAUUGAGUGAGUACGGAACUGUAGAGUACAUAUUUAUUCCGCCACGUUCCUAUUGGUUGGAGAUCAUUCGCGAGGAUUGGGGAGCCACUGACGAGGAAAUUAUAGCUUGUAUCAAAGCUGCCCCUCAGCUAUCACGAUUCAAAAUUGAAGUGUGUGGUUCCUAUAUCGGACACGGGGUUAUUGUACGUGCUAAUAGUUGCAGAAAUCCAAUAGUUGUUAAAUGUACGGUUGUUGCUGAUCGUGUUUCUCCGUUCUAUCACGAGUUACUAGGAGUGUCUCUGGGUAUGAAGCUCGCUAUGAAAUACAAAAUUGUCUAUUUUGAUUUGAAUUGCGUUUCUGAGGUUGUUGCAGAGUAUGUUAUGCGGACUUGGGAUAUGAAGAAUGAAUGUGGUUGCCCACCAAGAGAUAAAAAGGACUAUUGUGUCAAAUGUUCAGAAAGUAUGUUGGAUGAUAUUGGUGAAAGGCAGAACGCAGAUAAAAUUUCCGCUGUAGUUGAUGAAAUUUUUUAUGAUGCUUUAGAGGAAGGUUUUCUAUACUUUUAUCUAUAUCCUAUUAAAUUAUCAAGAGCUAAAGCUGUUUGUUAUUUAGCGAACUCAGGAGUAGACCGGGAGUUGAGAAUUCCUGAAAUUGAAGAGGAUGCAGAACUAGCAGAGAUUCUUUAUAAAGAAGUUUUCGGUCAUGGAUCUGAGGAGGAGGUGGGAUUACAGAAACAACAGCUGAUUUUGCGGAAACAAGAACGGAAAUUGCAGAAACAAAAGAAUUUGGCUGCAGAGCGUGCUUGCCAAGAGAGCCUUUGGGGACAGUAAAACCUAAUUGAUUUGUCAGCUGCAUUCUUGGAAGAUGUCAACGACUCAUUUUGUGAUAGUUUAACCAAUGUUAGGUCCAAGUACAUUAAUAGAAAGGAUAACUUAUAAGCUUGCUACUUAGUUAUAGCGUGGGCUGGAGACUGUAUUUAUUUCACUCUGGCAUUGCUUUGGAGUCUCUAAUUUUGUGCAACUCUUUCUGAAGGUUAUUCUGUUUGUAUAUUUAGGAUUAUGCAGAUUGAUAUUUAGGGUUACGCAGAAAACCAAUCGCAAGUUUAAAUUCUGAAGCCAAAUUUGGUUACAAUUUAUGAGUAGUUUUUACUUGUUUUA